AGUUGUAUUUUUAAAAGCCGUUGUUAGUAAUCUAAAAUCGCUCGGCUUGCACCUGGGUUGUUACGUUUUAAUUAAUGUCGCAACAAACAACUUCUAGUGCUGGUAAAUAUGUUUUAAUUUUUCCAAUUAUGUUUAAAUGCAAUGUAUAUAAUAGCAUUGGCAGUCAGCUGCCCAGUAAUAUUUCCUGAUUGCAGUGAUUUUGCAUUUCCUAUGCUAUUUCGUGCUACCUUUAAAGCUUUAUAUUGUGUGUUUUUUUCAACAGAUUUACAAUAUCUUCAUCAACUUAUUGUUGAAGAUGAACUGGAAAAGUUAUCGGAAUUUCUGGAAACCUUGUCGAGCCUUAAUAUUAUGUUCGACGAGGGAUGCGAAACGGCUGCACACGUUGGCAUGUCACCCCUGGGACUAGCGGCUGCUCUAAAUAAAAUCCAGAUUGUUCAAAUUUUACUUGAUUACGGGGCUGAGUACGAUUUCCCAUUCGCUCAACUCAAGACUACCGCCUUAAUGACAGCAGCCUAUCAUGGUUACACCGACAUAGUGAGAACUUUUUUAAGAGCUGGUAGUAAUAUUCACGCAGUUGAUUUACAAGAUAGCUCGGCUUUGGGGUAUGCCUUGGGUGGAUCUAGAAAUUUCGAAGUUAUACAAAUGCUAAUUAGAGAGGGUAUUGAUAUUAAUCAAAAAAAUAUGUUAGGGAUGAACGCUCUAUUACUAGUUUCUGGCUAUGGAGAUCCAACUCUCGUACAAAUUUUACUCGACUCUGGAGCAACUCCUGACGUAACCAACGACUUUGGACAUUCCGCCUUACAUCUUGCAGUAGCCGGUAAAAGAGAUCAACUAAAGAAAGCGAUGGUCUCUCAUGGUGCGGAUCACGUACAAUUGGACGCCGCCUUUACGAAACGUAAUCUAGAUACCCUAAUGGUUCAAUGGGCUCGUUCAAAUACUGAAAAUCUAAUACGCGAAGAGAGCAUUCACGGAAAUGUCGAUUUAAUUGUGGAAGCGGCGAAAUUGAUUAGUGCUAUUGGUGAACAUGUCGAUGAUAAUACACCGGCGGAAAAUGAUCAACUAAUGCUUCAGCGUCGUUUAGCGGCCGCCUGGAAAUAUAGGCAACAAUUGUUAGAGGAAGCCAGGGAGAAUUCAAAGUCGACGUCUAUUGGAGCAAUUUUAGCUUGUGGGGUCAGCAGAAAUAAGAAUAGUAAUAAAUCGUCCAAGUCAGCUCCGUUGGAACCUCCCGGUAACGCUGUACCUUUUGAAAUGGAAAGUGAGGUUGUCGUUCAUAUAAAUGAUGCUUACGCCUCAAUAGUUCGUCUAUUGUUGGACGCCGGAUGCCCGAUAGACGGUAUGGAAGAGACAUUUGGCAUGACUGCUCUAGAUAUGGCUGUUCUGCACGGCGAUAUACAAAGCGCAACACAGCUUACUGCUUCGGGAGCACAGCCAUUGCAUUUGGUUAGAUCGUUAGCUUUAAAUGAUUUGUACUGUGUUCUCCAAUCGCCAUCGCCAAAGAAAGAUGUAAAGCAUUUACUAUGUCAUGACACUCAUUUAGAUAUUAAUAUGCUCUUGACCAAGUUAAAUGUUUCGUCGAAAACUGAUAAACUAGAUACGAGCUUUGCUUCCAGCAUUCCUCCUGAUAAUACUGAAGCUGAUGAUGAAGGAUUGACAAUUAUCGCCGUGGCGGCGAGAAAAGGCUUUUUGGAUGUGGUUCGCCUCUUUGUAAAAUAUGGCGCACGACUAGAUAUAGGUGCUAGAACGCCACUAGUUGAAGCUGUAAUCGGAGGUCAGAAAAAGGUAGUCGAAUACCUUUUGGAUAUUGGUGCCAAUGUGGAACAAAGGACGGUCGCCUUAGAAGAUGCUACUCCGUUGGCAGUAGCCGUUAUGUAUUUAAGACCGGUCAUUGCUCAAACUUUAGUGAAGCAUGGUGCAAAAGUAGACGCCGUUUUUGCGCAAGGAAUGACACCGUUGUUGAAGGCAUUUUCACUUAAAAAUUCGAAUGUUCUGGCCGUUCUAAUGAAAGCUGAUUUGAACAAAUGUUUUCUGGAUAAAAAUGGCUGGGAUGCGAGAAUUGCGCAAAUGUAUCAGUCUAAGUAUCGUGAUACCGCUAACAUAAUGAGCAUGGGGGCACAAGCUGUGGCUGAUUUUGAGGCCAGAGCUGGUAUAUCUUGUUCACCGCCUCGAGGCCCAUAUGUUCAAAUGGGCGACCAACUCUCAACAUUCAGUCCAGAACGCGAGACACCAAUUGGGGUAACUAGCCCAGCUAAUCAGGAAAGUUCAUUCGUUGCUAGUGUUAUGCACGAGGUGAAUUCCAUCGAUCGAAUGAACAUCUCCGAACGAAUAAAGAGAGUAAAUGGAUCUGGAGAACAACAAGACAAAAGCAGUACGGGUAAAGAGGACACAACACCCACCAACUCUUCUCCACCAAGAAACUCGCAAACUUCUCAGAGUAAUGAAUCAACACCGACAAGACCGGUUCCAAGACCAAGGCCAAGACCAACUCCAGUUCCAGCUCCGAGAUCUACCCCAUCGUCGAGUUCGUCGGAAUUGAACAAGAGUGACGAAACAAAGAAUAGGCCACCGUCGAUUGACAAGAACAAGAAUUUUCUAGCGGAAAAAAAGCUAAACAAAAGUCAUGAAACUACUUUAUAA